AUGGACAAGGAGAUCAAUAGAUUGAAGAGAUGCUCCACAUCCACCGAUGUUGAAGCAGCAGAUCAUAAGGGCACGAAGCUUUUGCAGAAAGCUGAGAGAGAGCUGCAGAAUUCGGAGACGGAUGUAAAUCCGAAGAAACGCAAGAAGAAAUCUGAGAGCAAGCAAAUUAGGGAAGAUGACUUGGAACCCAAAAAGAAGCAGAAAGCACACAAGAAGACAUCUAAGAAGAAGGAGAUGAAAAAAUUGAGGAAAUCUUAUAAAGAGAUGACUGAAACGAUGAAAAACCUACAGGAUUUUUUCCUGCAAAAUGCUGAUCUGCCUGGGAUCCCAUUGAAGGAGAUGUUACUGACUGCACCAAUGGCCCCGGAUACUUCAUCCAAGGAGGAAGAACACACAGAGAAAAUGGCGGAAUUAACAACAUAUGAGUGCUGUUAUGAAACUGAAGAUGCGGAUGGAGACAACGAGGAUUCUGUCUUCGUUAGGGGGUUGGAUACUUCGCUUGCUAGGGAAGAUAUCAAGACCGCAUUGAGGAAGCAUUUUGAGUCAUGUGGAUGUGAAGUCACUAGGGUUUUUGUUCCCAUAGAGUGUCAAACCGGUGCUCCCUUAGGAUUUGCUUUCAUUGAUGUAGAUGAUGAACAAAAGGCCAUGGAACUCGGUAGAGGUUACAUGGGAGGUUGCAGGCUUUUUGUUAUGAUGGCUACAAAUCAACCGGAAUACUAUAGUUUCCCUAACUUUAGUGGGUGUGCACAUUGUGGUACUUUUCUUUUGGAGCGCCGUAUGAAAAGAUUCCUCGCUAGGGGGCGUCACUGA